AUGUCUGAUUCAUGGCUAGAUAACUUAGAUAACUUGCUGGGUAUAUUAGAUGAAGGAUCGAUAGGAGAAAAUAGACUAUCUCUGGUCCAAAUGGAUUUGAUUUAUAUAAACACAAUCAAGCCAUAUAACCUUACCUCAAAAAUGCUACUGGACCAGAUUUUACAUAAGAAACAAUCAGUAAAGAACACAGCGUUCUUUGUUUUGGAGGCUGCCAUCUUCAAAGAAUCUAUGGAAACGGAGAAGCAACAAGAUUUUGUUGAACUAUGCUCCAAAGUAACUUCAUCUUUAGAUAUACCUAAUCAGAACUGGAACUGGAUAGUCCCAGCUAAUAGCCACAAAUCGGAGAAUUACUUUUAUUAUAGGUUAAGGUUGUUAUGCGCCCUAAUAUAUAAGGCGUGUAUUAAAGAUUCAUCCGUUACAGACCAAUCCCUAAUUUUGAAUCUUUUGGCGCCGCUAUCAUAUCAUAUGCAUCCAAAGCUUCCUUGGACAUCUGAACUAAAUUCGAAAACUAUAGAAAACUUUAUAGCUGAUAACAAUAAGGUAAGAGAUAUGAUACACAGUGUGAUUCCAUUAUACAUAGAUAAAAAAUUAAAGCCGGAAUUAUUAAACUUAUCGUCUACAAAAGGUCAAUAUAUACGCAAUUCGUUAUCCAAUCCUAAAACAACCCCGGCUGGAUACGCAAUAGGAAAUUCUGGUAGCACUAGGUUGUUACAGGGAGGCCUUAGACCGAAGUUGGGGUAUGGUGGAACGAGGACAGAAGUUAUUGCUGAAGAUCAAAGGCAAGCUUGGAAAUCAUCUACGAAGGUGAAGUCUAUUUCUAUGAUCUGGUUUGUUAUUUAUACAAUAACAAGUAAUGAGCAUCUAAAUCAAUUUUGGCCAUUAAUAACUUCGUUCAUUUUAAAUUUAAUUGAUGAUCAUGAUCCCCUAAUGAAAGCCCAAAGCUGUGAACUUUUAAACUAUUUUAUGCUUAUGAUUGAUCAUAGCAAAGAUUAUAAACAACACAUAUUGUUGAAAACAGGACUUGUUGAUUUAUUAAUUGAAUCAUGUAAAACUUGCUUAACUUAUUUGCCAAAUUUAACUCCAUCUGAUCAAUCAUUUUACUUGUUAUCCAUUGCAUACCCAACUGUUGUUAAACUAUGUGUUCUUAACUGUAAAAAAGAAGCUAAUUUCCUAAGUUUAGUUGAAUUAAUAAAUGGUAAUAUCCUUAGUUCAGCAACUCACAUACACAAUAGUAAUGGACCCAAUUCAAAUUAUCCGCUUUUGUCACUUUUGUUUAAUCAACUAGAUAUAAUCAUAAAAUAUUACUUGAAAACUAAUGUUCUUAUUUGCCUUUCCAGAUUAAAUUUUACAAUUAACCAAGUCAUGAGUAAUCCAGAUAUUUUCGAAGAAGGAAUCGAAGGAGUAAAUUGCAUUAAAUCGGCAUUAAAUGUUCAAAGUUCCAUUCUUCAAUCAUUUAAACUGCUCAACGAUAGAGAAGGCUUGAAAUUAAUCCUUAAUUAUAAGUACGACUUUUUAGCAGUUUGGACAAUAUUACAGAAACGACUUAAACAUAAUCUCGUCGAACAUUCUAAUGUUGACGUACUGGGUCUAUGUGAUUUGAAUUGUAAACUAUUAAUUCAGUUAUCAAAGAACUGUCAGGCGAUUGAAUUUGAAAAUUUACAGACUGAUCUCAAACAGAUUCUCAAGGCAAAUCCAGACGUAAAUUUUCCAUUGGAAUAA